AUGAGUCACUUUCGCCUGAUUGCCAGUACCCUGAAACAUCAUGGAAUUUAUUCGUUGGUGAAGAAAAAUGUAAACAGAAAAGUGUUUCUGCCAAGUCGGAGUUACGUUUCUCCUGGAGUCACAGAACCAUUCCUGAGUGGAAGUAAUUCAAGUUAUGUGGAGGAAAUGUAUUAUGCAUGGCUCGAGGAUCCAAAAAGUGUGCAUAAGUCUUGGGAUCUAUUUUUCCGAAAUGCUGUGGCUGGGGCUCAGCCUGGACAGGCUGUUCAGGCAUCUUUACCAGACUUCUCUGGUGCUAAGACAUCUCUUAUCCAAAGCCAUGGGCUGACUAAGGCACCAGGUAAAGCUGAAAAACUGGUUGAAGAUCACCUGGCUGUGCAGUCCUUGAUCAGAGCAUACCAGAUCCGUGGACACCAUGUGGCUCAGUUGGAUCCCUUAGGAAUCUUGGAUGCAGACUUGGAUUCAUUCAUUCCAUCGGAUUUAAUCACUACUAUAGAUAAACUGGAGUUUUAUGGCUUGGAUGAAUCUGACUUGGAUAAAGUUUUCCAGUUGCCUACCACCACCUUCAUAGGAGGAAAUGAAACCAUGCUUUCUCUAAGAGAGAUCAUCAAACGAUUGGAGAAUACAUAUUGUCAACACAUUGGGCUGGAAUUUAUGUUUAUUAAUGAUGUUGAGCAAUGUGACUGGAUCCGGCAGAAGUUCGAGACACCUGGUGUCAUGAAAUUCAGCAAUGAUGAAAAACGGACUUUGUUGGCUAGAUUGGUGCGAUCCACAAGAUUUGAGGAUUUCCUUGCCCGGAAAUGGUCAUCAGAGAAGCGCUUUGGUUUGGAAGGAUGCGAAGUCAUGAUCCCUUCUCUUAAAACCAUCAUUGAUAAAUCCAGUGAAAUGGGGAUUGAGCAUGUUAUAAUGGGCAUGCCUCACAGGGGAAGGCUGAACGUCUUGGCCAAUGUUAUCCGAAAAGAGCUAGAACAGAUCUUCUGUCAGUUUGACCCAAAGCUUGAAGCUGCUGAUGAGGGAUCUGGAGAUGUCAAAUAUCACUUGGGAAUGUACCAUGAGAGGAUCAACCGAACAACAAACAAAAAUAUCACCCUGUCCCUUGUGGCCAACCCAUCUCAUCUAGAGGCGGUAGAUCCGGUUGUACAAGGGAAGACCAAAGCUGAGCAGUUUUACCGAGGGGAUACUGAGGGGAAGAAGGUUAUGUCUAUACUUGUACAUGGCGAUGCUGCCUUCGCAGGGCAAGGCGUGGUCUAUGAAACCUUUCACCUCAGCGAUCUUCCAUCAUAUACUACCAAUGGCACCAUUCAUGUUGUGGUCAACAAUCAGAUUGGCUUUACUACGGAUCCACGAAUGGCUCGCUCAUCACCGUAUCCGACAGAUGUCGCUCGAGUGGUCAAUGCCCCGAUCUUCCAUGUGAACGCCGAUGAUCCAGAAGCAGUGAUGUAUGUGUGCAGCGUAGCUGCAGAGUGGAGAAACACUUUUAAUAAAGAUGUGGUUAUAGAUCUGGUGUGUUACCGAAGACGGGGCCACAAUGAAAUGGAUGAGCCCAUGUUCACCCAGCCUUUGAUGUAUAAACAGAUUCACAAGCAGGUGCCUGUUCUGAAAAAGUACGCUGACAAGCUGAUCGCUGACGGAACAGUAACGCUGCAGGAGUUCGAGGAAGAAAUUGCAAAAUAUGAUAAGAUCUGUGAAGAAGCUUAUACAAGGUCCAAGGACAAUAAAAUUCUGCACAUUAAACACUGGCUGGAUUCACCUUGGCCAGGUUUUUUUAACUUGGACGGAGAACCAAAAAGCAUGACUUGCCCUCCUACUGGCAUUCCUGGAGACAUGCUGACCCAUAUUGGAAAUGUAGCCAGCUCUGUGCCCCUUGAAGGAUUUAAAAUACACGGAGGACUUUCCCGGAUUUUGAAAGGUCGACUGGAAAUGACAAAGAACCGAGUUGUUGACUGGGCUCUGGGGGAAUACAUGGCUUUUGGGUCUUUAUUGAAAGAAGGUAUCCAUGUCCGUCUAAGUGGGCAGGAUGUAGAAAGGGGCACUUUCAGCCACCGCCACCAUGUCCUCCAUGAUCAAGAUGUUGACAAGAGGACCUGUGUUCCUAUGAACCACCUCUGGGAGGAGCAGGCCCCCUACACCGUCUGCAACAGCUCUCUGUCAGAAUAUGGGGUCUUGGGUUUUGAACUUGGCUUUGCUAUGUCAAGUCCCAAUGCUCUGGUGUGCUGGGAAGCUCAGUUUGGCGACUUUCACAACACAGCACAGUGCAUCAUAGACCAAUUUAUCAGCUCAGGACAGGCCAAAUGGGUUCGUCACAAUGGGAUCAUUCUGCUUUUGCCACACGGAAUGGAAGGAAUGGGGCCGGAGCAUUCUUCAGCCAGGCCAGAGAGGUUCCUUCAGAUGAGUAAUGAAGAUCCCGAUGCCUUCCCACAAUAUGAUGAAGAUUUCGAAGUUUCCCAGCUAUAUGAUUGCAACUGGAUUGUGGUAAACUGUUCAACUCCGGCCAGUUACUUCCACGUCCUCAGAAGGCAGAUUUUGUUGCCAUUUAGGAAGCCUCUUAUUAUCUUCACUCCGAAGUCAUUGCUGAGACACCCUGAAGCAAAAUCCAGCUUUGACGAAAUGGUGUCAGGUACCAGCUUCAGGCGUGUGAUUCCUGAAGAAAAUGCUGCAGCUGAAAGUCCUGGAGAGGUGAAACGGGUGAUUUUCUGCACAGGGAAGGUGUAUUAUGAUCUUGUCAGAGAGAGGAAAAACCAGGAUUUAGAGAAGGAGGUGGCGAUAACCAGACUGGAACAGAUCUCCCCUUUUCCAUUUGACUUGUUAAAAGAAGAAAUUGAGAAGUAUGCGAAAGCCGAUCUUGUCUGGUGUCAGGAAGAGCACAAGAACAUCGGCUAUUAUGACUAUGUCAAACCUCGUUUCCGCACCAUUGUGAACCACACGCGGCCAAUAUGGUAUGUUGGCCGGGAACCUGCUGCUGCUCCAGCAACUGGCAACAAGAACACUCAUCUGGUGUCGCUCAGAAGAUUUUUGGACACAGCUUUCAACCUGGAAGCUUUUGAAGGAAAGAUGUUUUGA